AUGCUGACAGGUAGGAACAAUCUUCAGUGUUCAGCAGUCAACCCCAAAGGCCCUUUCCCCCUAGGCCCUUUCCCAAGACACAUCUGGAUCCAUCACAACACUCCCCAGGACAGCUUGGACAAAGCCUGCCAUGAGAUCUGGAAAAGGGUCCAAGGCCUCCCUGAGGAACUCCAGCCAAGGUCCUCGUCGCCGCUUCUCCAACUUAGCUGUCACCCUGUCACACCUUCAGAGGCCCUCAGAGAGGACAGCAGUAGUACCACCAGUAGCUCCCAAAAAGAAUCUUUCGAAAACAGUAUUUGCAAAGAUGAAAUAUCCCUGCUGGUUGAGCAAGAAUAUUUGAGUCUUACACAGGAGAAUGCAACAGAGCUAGAGAUGCAAAGAUCUGAAGAUGACAAGGCGACCCCAGCUGCUUCAUGUCAGGUCCCAGCUAACAACUUCACAAUGCCUCCUGAUGGAGACCAGACAUUAGAUGAGAGGGAUGCAAUGGAAAAUGUCUACAGAGCACUCACUGGGAACAAGAGGGAAGUGAAGCUGAGGUCUGUCUGUGAUGUCCAGCUGUCCACCAAGUCCACCAUCACAGGUAUCUUGCUCCCCGCAAAAUUAAUCUACAAGAAUGCCAAAAGUACAGAGAGUGGGAACAGUAACGUGAUGGGUCCCAACACUCAGAUUGCAAAGCUCUUGGCACAGUUCCCCCUCAAACGUGUUGAGGCCGCCAAGACUUUGGACACCAAGAUGGUGACAGAAGAAACCAAGUUCAUCAAGGACCUACUACAAAACAAUGUGUUUGCAUCAGCACCCCAUAAAGACCAUGUCACAAGGCCGCCCCCAAUCAUGGCGGUCACAGAAAGUCAAGGAUCUGGGCAAAAGAAGCAACUCCCAGUAUUUGCCAAGAUCUGCUCGAAAACUGAUCCUGAACUGGUUGCUGAUGGGCUCUGUCAGAAUAAUGCAGCAUCUACAGCCAUUGAUAAGAACAACCUUAAAUACAGUGGGAAUGUUUUCACGCCACGAUUCCCGACGAAUUCAACAGCUGCCUCAUUGAAACAGCCGAUGUGGCUGAGCCUGAACUACCCUCCGCCUCCUGUUUUUCCAAACCACUCCAGCUUCCCUCAGUACCAGAGUUUGUAUCAGCAAAGAGCCCGGAUCCCAUACCAGCAGACGCUUCAUCCUCAAUUGGGAUGCUAUUCCAGACAGGUCACGCCUUACAACCCACAGCAGAUCUUUCGCUCUCCUUAUACGCCGGUCCUCAGCUACAUCCCACUGGUUCAGCCGGGUUACUCUUAUCAGCAGAGGAACCCGACAAAGCCAUCCAGCAGUGUACGUGACCCACCAGCGAUGGCAGGUGAUGGGCCGCAAUAUCCAUUUUCUCCUUCCUAUGGGUUCACAUCUACUACUGCUGGACCUGUAAGGACCAACCCUUAUUUCUCUUCCAAUGGAGGGGGCAACAGUUUUUAGAUCUCCAAGCACUGUUUUUGUUUUUGAGAUAGGAACUAUUUGAGAACAGUGUGAAAUUCUUGGGGUUUUACACUUCUGUUUGAACAUUUUGCUACAAAGUUAAGGAAUUCAGGUCCAAACCUCACAUAGGGUAAUUUCAGAGCAAAUGGACCUGUGAGUUUAUCUGAAAGAGCAAGAUUUUGUUUAGCAGGAAUGGAUAA